AUGCUUCAACACACAACCAUCCCGAUCAACAAGGGGUGGACCUUCAAACAGGCAGACAAGGAGGACUCGAAGUUCCUACCCGUUGCUCAAUUCCCCACAAACAUCCACUUGGACCUGAUCGCCAACAAGAUCAUCGAGGAUCCAUUCAUUGGCAAGAACGAAAACGAUGUCCAGUGGAUUGGAGAGGUUCCUUGGGUAUACAAGACUUUGUUCAAGUCCCCCACUCUGUCCGCAGAAGAACGGGGGAACGUGAAGGCAGUUCUGGCUUUCGAUGGCCUGGACACGUAUGCAACUAUCGUUCUCAAUGGCAAGGAAAUUCUGAAAACGGAGAACAUGUUCACUCCGGAGCGGGUGGAUGUAACAACAUAUUUGAAGAAGCAGGGAGAUAAUGAGUUGGAAAUCACUUUUGAUAGCGCAUAUCUGAAGGGAUGUACCCUUGUCGAGAAGUAUCCAGACCAUCACUGGGGAUGUUGGAAUGGGGAUACUUCUAGACUGGCGGUCAGGAAAGCUCAAUAUCACUGGGGAUGGGAUUGGGGACCAGCACUCAUGACCUGCGGUCCUUGGCGACCAAUCAAUCUGGAAAUGUUCUCUUCGCGGAUAUCAGAUCUCUACUUUAUCACAGAUGUCGAUGAAUCGUUGGAUUCGGCAGAAUUUAUUGCCAAAGCAGAUGUUGAAGGGACGGCAUCCGAAGUGAAUUUUGUAUUGUCUCUGGCUGGGGAAAAGAUUGCUUCCGAGACCGUGAAGGUUAUCAAGGGUCACGCAACCCACACAUUUGAGAUUAAUACCCCUGAGCUAUGGUACCCAGUCCGGUAUGGCAAACAACCUCUCUAUACAAUCACAGCAACGCUCCGCCAUAUCAACUCGGAGAUCGACACCAAGAGUAAGAAAUUUGGUCUGAGGAGAGCAGAACUCGUCCAACGGCCUAUUUCUGAUCAACCCGGAACAUCAUUCUUCUUCCGGAUCAACAAUAUUCCUGUCUUCUGUGGAGGCAGUAAUUGGAUUCCAGCCGACAAUUUCAUUCCUCGAAUCAGCAAGGAAAAAUAUUAUGACUGGGUAAAGUUGGUAGCAGACGGCAACCAGUUCAUGCUUCGAGUCUGGGGUGGUGGAAUCUUUGAAGAACAAGCAUUCUAUGAUGCUUGCGACGAACUCGGCAUUCUUGUCUGGCAAGAUUUCUUGUUUGGCUGUGGAAAUUAUCCCGCUUUCCCGGAGUUUUUGGCCUCGGUGAAGAGGGAAGCAGAGGAGAACGUGAAACUUCUUCGGCAUCACCCUUCAAUCGUUAUCUGGGCUGGAAAUAACGAAGAUUAUGCAUAUCGAGAGGAACAGAAGCUCACCUAUGACCCCGAUAACAAGGAUGAGGAGAGCUGGCUCCAGACCGACUUUCCAGCACGGUACAUCUACGAGAAGAUUCUUGCAGAUGCUUGUAAGGAGCUAACUCCAGACACAUACUAUCACUUUGGUAGCCCAUGGAGUGGAAAGAACACAACGGAUCCAACAAUUGGUGAUUUGCACCAGUGGAACGUCUGGCACGGCUCGCAAGAAAAAUAUCAAAACUUUGACAAGCUCGUCGGCCGUUUCGUAUCCGAGUUUGGAAUGGAAGCCUUCCCCAACAUCAAGACAAUUGAAUCUUUCCUACCCCUUGGCAAGGAUGAUCCAGAUCGUUUUGCGCAGUCUUCGACUGUAGACUUCCACAAUAAAGCCGAUGGCCACGAGCGUCGAAUAGCCCUCUAUCUCGUCGAAAACUUCCGCUACGCCCCCGAUCCCCUCGAACAAUUCAUUUACUCGACCCAGCUAAUGCAGGCUGAGUGUCUGGCCAGCGCCUACCGCCUCUGGAAGCGGCAAUGGAAAGGCCCCAAGCGCGAGUACUGCGGCGGCGCCCUCGUCUGGCAAAUUAACGACUGCUGGCCGGUUACGUCCUGGGCAAUUGUCGAUUACUACCUCCGCCCCAAGCACGCAUAUUACACCGUCAAGCGCGAAAUGGCACCCAUCUCUCUCGGCGUCACACGAAAGCAGCACUUAAUUCCAAAAGACAAGCACACCCGCGCCUACAUUGAGAAGAAAACCGAGAUCGAAAUCUGGGGUUCCAACCUGACGCUGAACGAUAUGAAAGUUGACGUGGUGGUGAAAGCCUUCGACGUGAUAACCGGUAAGGAAACAUUCUCCAAAACAGUGAAAUCCGCCUUCACGCUUCCCGAGAACCGGAGCACGGAAAUCGCGUCCUUCGCCGUCCCGGUCCGCCAUCCCAAUUCGGACGAGGAGGGGCGAACGGUCGUUGCUGCGUAUCUCUACGAAGAAGGAAUACAAGUGGCGAGGUAUAUUAAUUGGCCGGAGCCGCUCAAGUACGUGCAUUUGCAGAAACCGAAGAACUUGGAGGUGCUUUUGAGUAGGGAUGGCAAGGAGGUGGAAGUUAGUGCUGAGGUCCCGGUUAAGGGCGUGGCGCUUGAGUGUGUGGAUGAUGGGGUCGUAUUCGAGGAUAAUUUGGUGGAUGUCGUGCCCGGGGAGGUCGUCGUUAUUGGAGUCAGGGGCGCGACCAAGGCGACCGAGAUUGCGGUUCGUUAUUUGGGGAUGGCUUAG